AUGCCCAAUCCUGCCACCCAGCCAUCUCCAGAGCACAUGGCCACUCCCUACUGGGGCGCCUUGCCCAAGGGUCCAAGUACCGCCCGCCGCGCCUCUGGUGAUGAUCAUGUCCUCGACGACCAGCCACCGCUAAACCCCAUGGAUGCCUUCUCUAGCUCGAGUGCCCCCCAACAACAACCUCGACGAGACCGCGCCUCAGUCCAGACAGCACGCACUGGCUAUACUGAAGCUCCCACCGAGUCUACCUUGAGCCCCUUUGUCUCGCCUACGAGGUCAAGCUUCGCACCGCAAGGACUUGCGCCGCGGCCUCCAACCUUACCCUACGGUUCGUCUGGAUACGCCGACGAGUUUGCCGAGAAGCGACAGCGCCGUCGAAGCUUGAAGAACGAAGAACAGAUCGACAGGACAGUUGGACCCACGCCACCUGCUGCGCCUGACGUCCCUCGAGCUCCUCCCGUGAGCUAUCGUCAGCCGUACACCCAGAGCGUCCAACCUGUCGGACCUCUGGCAUCCCAGCGUCAAAACGUCCCUCCCGUCGAUAUCGACGACAUGGAGCCCGAGGCCUACUACAAGGCGAAUGGCCAGCAAGACUACCCGCGCACUGAGCGUUCACAGGGAGCCUCACGCCCGGCUGAUCCUGCCAACCAGCCCACCAGGAUACCAAGUGGUCGGAAGGUCUCUACAGACAUCCGCUCGCCCCUUCAGCAUCUAGAGACUGUUCUCAGCAAGGAGGAGAAGCGUGCUCGCAUGGAAGCCGCUGAACAGAGGGCACGAUCGAAAGCGAAUGCCAAUCCAAAGUUGCUGCAGCCCAAUGCGCAACGAACGCAGCCCCGACAGCCCAGGCCACAACCACAGCAAGCCCCAGUACAACAACCACAGCAAGUCCGAUUCAGCAACGAUCGGGACCCAGACAUUUAUGAAGACACCCCGGCUCGUGGUCCUCCACCGGUAAUCGCGGUCGCGGCAGCCCCGGCAGCUGCAGGCUCUAGAGGAUAUCCUCCACGAAAAGCCCCAGAAGACGCAAAGUAUCCAUCUACCGCCUCUCAGCAAAACCGUAGACCUCCCGAGCCCGCGUACCCAGAUGUGCAUCAAACUCUGGAACACAAUUCAGGAAUACCCCAGCGCAAUCUCAGUUUCCGUGAUCGAGCGCAGAAGGAUGAUCUGCGGUUGCCCAGCAGCAGCGUGAGGAACGAAAACGAAGCCAGUCCGCUUUCAACGCCGCCAGUCACGACGCCCGGUGGCGGCUUCUCUCUCACCAGAACCGGCAGCAACAAGUUGAAGAAGGAAAAGCCUGGCGAUCCAUGGUUCAGGGUAAGGCAGCAGGCGGAGCAGCAGUACAGCAACGCGGAUACGCGAAAUCUCUCCAUGGACAGGUCAGCCGCUGCCACAGGCGGUAGCGCAGGCCCAGCGCAGCGAUCAGGCUCUUUACAGGGCCAACAGUACCCUCGAGAUCCCAGUAUUCCCCCCGAGCAGGCCGGGCGGGCCGGCGUACCCAUCAGGAGACAAUCAUUUGAUCAAUACGACGCUCCCCAGCGUGGACCAGUGCCGGUAGAUGGAGCACCAGCCGUUGCGCUCCAGACCGGGCGGUACGCAGAUGCUCGGCGACAGCGACGAAAUGAGGAUAGCGAUUACAAUUCCUCCGACGAUGAGCGCGGUCACCAUGUCUCGAACAUGAUCUACCGAAAGAAGGAGCAUAUGAGCCCUGGUCACGGACUGUACCUAUCGCCUCAAUGGCUUAAUGAGUGGCAGAAAAGCACGACUGGGCUUCUUGGAGGCACGCUACUCGACCUCAGUCAAGAACAGCUUCCGGUGAUCGAUAAAACCACACCGUGGUGGGAAGGCGACAACACGAGGAGGCGGUCUAGUGUCAAUUCGAGGCCACGCAAAGCUGAGGCAUUCGACGGCGAGUACGACGAGAGAUCAGCUCCCACUAGGUUUAAGCCAUCUCUGCAUCUCAAAUGUGGUCCACUUCUGCGCUACUGCGGUAUUCGACACGAGAAGGGCUUGGUCGGUCGCUCAGCCAAAGCUGCUCCUGCGGAUAGAGAGAUUUGGAGAGGCACGGUCAUGAUUGUGACCCAAGACUCCCAGUCGUCAUACGAAAUUUCUCCUACACUUCGCCUAUUCGUUCAACCGAUGGAGCUGUUGCCUCCGCCUCCCCAUGAGAUCUCGGGCGAACAGCCGCUAGCCCCUGAGUACGUUGACCCAAUAGCAGGGUUACCGAAGCUAGGAAGGAGAGGAGAGACUUUGUACGUUCGCCCGGUGGAGCAUCUUGAGGAAGCCAAAGACCUCUCCAGGGACGAGACAGACGAGGGUCUCUUUGAGACUUCGAGAAGCCCCCCCGACUACCCUGUAGCUGAGGGCGCCGUCGAUCUCUCAUACACUAGUCGGCGUGCCCGCGCCAAACUGGAUGGCGAAAGAGUAUCAAAGUACAAAGAUGUGCGAGGAUUCCGUUUGCAUGCUGAGAGGGGUUACACCUUCUGGCGCUUCAACAUUGAGGUUGAGCUCGGUGGAAAGCAGCAGCGCAUCGCCUACCGGAUCAACAGAGGUCCUGCUAUGGGAUUUUGGGUUCCUGCCAAGGGGCAGUCGAUGAACAUCAUGUUCCACAGCUGCAAUGGGUUCAGCAUGAGUGUUAACCCCAACGACCUCAGCGGCCCUGACCCUAUGUGGCGAGACGUUCUUAACAACCACCAGACCAAUCCUUUCCACGUCAUGAUUGGAGGCGGUGACCAGGUCUACAACGACUGCUUGAUAGGUCAAAGCGACCUUUUCAAUGACUGGUUGGACAUUCGGAACCCCCUACAAAAGCACAAUGCGCCUUUCACACCGGCAAUGCAGAAUGAGCUUGAAUCGCUCUACCUCGAGCGGUACUGUAUGUGGUUCUCGCAAGGUCUCUUUGGGCUCGCCAACUCGCAAAUUCCCAUGAUCAACAUGUGGGAUGACCACGACAUCUCCGACGGCUACGGUUCAUACCCUCACCAUGACCAGAACUCGCCGUGCUUCUCCGUCUACCUCACUUCCAGGAUUAUGGAUCCUGUCAAAGCCAUGGGUAAGCUUGGUUUGCUUGGGAACGCACUCAACCGCAUCGACGGCGGGGUGGAGGUGUUGGACGAUUUGAACGAUCAUUGGACAGCCCGCAACCACAAAAAAGAGAGGAGUGUAGUCAUCGAAGAUUUGCAGGAUCUGGCUGCAGACAAAUCAGUGCGGAUCACAAUCCUCAGUGGCGACGUUCACCUCGCCGCCGUGGGACAAUUCUACACCAACCCCAAGAUCGGUCUCCCGAAGCACAAGGAUUUCCGCUACAUGCCGAACAUUAUCUCCUCUGCAAUCGCUAACACGCCACCACCGAAUAUGCUUGCUGAUGUCCUCAACAAGCGUAACAAGGUGCAUCACUUUGACGAGAACACUGACGAGUCCAUGAUCCCCAUGUUCUCGCACGGUGUAGACGGAAAGCCGAGAAACAACAAGCAUCUGCUUCCACACCGCAACUGGUGCUCUAUCCGCGAGUGGAAGCCAGGGAUGACACCACCGCCGACACCUCCUCUUUCAAACUACGACGCAAGCCCCAGUCCUCCCCUCGCAAGGAAAGACAGCAACGGGGGUGUUAUGCGGCGCCUGACCAAGACUCGUGGCCCUCAAUACCGUCCUGACGCACCGCAGCAACGCGAAUCCCGGCCGCCCAUCACAGGCGAGAAGUCUGGUGGACUGUUCCGCAGGUUUUCGAGGCGCAGCUCAUCCGCAGGGCAAGACACUGCGCGACCUGGUGGCCUUGACAUCUGUCUCAACGUAGAGGUGAAUCCUCGAGACCCAGCCGGUAUCACAGUGCCAUAUCGUCUACUUGUGCCACGUUUGUUCUGGGAAGAUUCCAAAGACGAAACGCCUCCAGUGGUGCAGCAGCCAGCUCCAUCGGCCUUCAAACGAUUGCUGAGCUUUAGGAAGAAGCAGCAAACGGGUGGUGGUCCAGUCAGCCCCCAACAGUCGAGCUCUGUGCCCGCGAGCCAUGAAUAUCUUGGGGGCCGUGGGGAUGGCGGGCAGUGGGGGCCAGUAGCACGAGGCCCACAGCCGCCGGCUCAGCAGCAUUACCACCACCAGGCGCCCCCUUCUCAGCAACAUCAGCAGCAACAUCAGCAGCAACAGCAGCAGCAGCAGCAGCAGCAACAACAGUAUGGACAGCCAGUUCAGCGCCAGCACCAUCAUCACACGAGUCAGCAACAACAGCCUAUGAUGACUCGUGCUGGACUUUCACAGCCGUCAUCUAGCCGGGCGGGCGGCUUCCCGCAAACGCAUGUUCCACCUCCACAGCACUACCAGACGCAGCCAGGCUCAGGGGAGCACGGCGAGAUUGAGUAUGAGGAGUAUUAUGAUACGCCGGACGAGGAUGCUGGACGUUCAAAGAGAAGAUAUUAA